GGUAAAAAAAAAAAAGCUAACGAAUGACCGGACCAAUCCUAGUACUUUUGAAAUAAAAGCUAUUCCAAAGUGCUGAGUAACACAAUGACAUUUUCUGUCAUUUGGGUGCUAACAUUGUCUAUUUUUGUUGUCAUUAUACAAUGGUAUCUUAAACGCCGUAUCCAGCAGGCACCAUUGCGCAAGUUCCCUGGAACUCCACCGUUUUUUCUGUUUGGAAAUCUAAAAUGGGUUUUGAGCUUGUACGCCAAAAAGUUGGAAUAUCACCCAGGAGUAUAUAUAAUGGAAAGAAUAAUCGGAGUUGCGUUGGUUUACAAAAAGACUGGAAUGCACGCUUUUUGGUUUGGAAUGACACCAAUUGUCAGUGUAUUUAAACCGGAAGUUCUAGAAGUUAUUCUCAGCAGCAACUAUUCUUUGGAAAAGUCUUUCGAGUACAACUUUCUUCAUCAGUGGCUUGGGAGAGGACUACUGACGAGCACUGACGCCAAAUGGAAAUCAAGAAGAAAACUUCUUACUCCAUCCUUCCAUUUUCGAAUUCUUGAGAACUUUUUGCCUGUUUUCCAUGAUCAGUCAAUGGUUUUGGUUAAGAAAUUGCACAGCAUGGCAAAGCAGGAAUAUGUCGACAUCACACCCUUAAUUGUUCUUUGCACCUUAGAUGCUGUUUGUGAAACAGUGAUGGGUGUUCAUAUUGGUGCUCAAGGUGGCAGCAAUUCGGAAUAUGUGCAGGCAAUUCACAAUUUAGGUCACUUAUUUAAUCAAAGAAUCGUUCAACCUUGGCUGUGGACAGAUUUCUUAUUUCGUCUGACGAGGAAAGGCAGAGGUUUUGCUAAGGAUAUCAAAAUAUUGCACAAUUUCACUCAAACUGUAAUAAAAGAGAAGAAAGAAAAACUUCUAAGGAAAAAACAGCAUCAAUUAAAGGACAAAGAAAAUGAUGAGGAAUUUUACACAAAGGAAAGGAAAACAUUUAUGGAUCUGUUACUGGAUCUGCAUAUUGAUGGAGAGCAUUUGACAGAAGGAGACAUUCGGGAAGAAGUAGACACUUUUAUGUUCGAGGGUCACGACACUACGGCUGUUGGGAUCACAUUUGCAUUGUAUUGCAUCGGUCUUAACCCGAAAAUCCAGGAAAAGAUACAACUUGAAAUUGACGACAUUUUUUCCAACGAUAAAGAACGACCAGCAAGUUACGAUGAUUUACGAAACAUGAAAUAUUUAGAAUGUGCUCUGAAGGAAAGCCAGAGGAUUUUCCCUUCUGUUCCAAUAAUAGGAAGGAAGUUGGAUGAAGAUGUAACCUAUGAAGGAUUGACUAUCCCCCGUGGAACGACAAUACAUAUAAACAUCAUCGCCUUACAUAGAAAUUCCGAAGUGUUUCCUGAGCCAGAAAUAUUCGAUCCAGAAAGGUUUUUAGCCCAAAACACGAUUGAAAGACAUCCAUAUGCAUAUAUUCCUUUCUCAGCUGGUCCACGAAAUUGCAUUGGACAGAAAUUCGCAAUGCUGGAAGAGAAAGUGAUCAUAAGCAACAUCCUCCGUAACUACUCCAUUGUAUCUCUUGAUCCUAGAGAUCGUUUCCACACCAAAGUGGAAUUCACUUUAAGGCCAGCUCAGGCAGUGAAAAUGAAAUUCAUACCAAGGACAUGAAAGAUGUUUAAAGAUGUGCAACGUGAAAGCAUUUUGUGAUUGCAUUUUGAAAGACUUUGUAAUAAAUGAACCUAACAGUACAUACUUAUAUCGGAUAAGUUGAGACAUGUCCUUUACAAUGUAUGGGCUGGGUAAUAGAGAAGAGUAUGACCGUUACUAAUACUAAUACGUCUCUUUUUGGGGUAAUAGAGGCUAGUAAUUGGUGCUGAGCUGGGUUGAGUUAGCUUUGUUGAAGUUUUGCAAAAGUAUUCCAACUCAAAUCUGACCUAAUUGCCCCUCUCCAUUUCUUUGAACCUCUAACAAGAGGUUAAGCAUUGUUAUGGUAAUAACUCAACUAUACGCUGAGGCAUGCAUUUAAUACUUUUUCAUGCAAAUAUGAAGAUCUGUUACAGUGCAGUAACUGCAACACAUCUUAUUGUUGUAGAGUUUUUAUUAAAG